GAAGGAAGGAAAGAGGCCUGCCGCGCUCUGCGGAGGGCACUGCGCUCCUCCUCCACCGCCUCUUCCUACCGCGGGAAGCUCUGGGCGGCCGCACGUGCCGCCCAGCCCAGGCUCCUCCCCUCCCUCCCCUCCCUUCCCCCCGCCCCGUCCGGGAGCGGCCGGGAGCUGCUUUCCUCCGCCCGCCGAGAUGGCGCUCGACCCCGCAGGGCAGCAUCUCAGACACGUCGAAAAGGAUGUUUUGAUUCCUAAAAUAAUGAGAGAAAAAGCCCGAGAGAGAUGUUCUGAACGAGUUCAAGAUUUUACCAAAUGUUGCAAGGACUCUGGAAUCCUUAUGGUAGUAAAAUGCCGGAAAGAAAAUUCUGCAUUGAAAGAAUGUCUGACUGCUCAUUAUAAUGAUCCAGCCUUUUAUGAAGAAUGCAAAAUGGAAUACCUGAAGGAAAGGGAAGAAUUCAGAAAAACUGGAAUUCCUGCCAAGAAAAGGCUACAGAAACUUCCCACAAGCAUGUAGGCAAUUACUCAGAUACUUAGCUCUGAUACUCGUGGAAAUCAUUAUCACCUAAAAUAAUGGACUCAAAGAAGUGUUUGCUUUAUCCUAAAUUAUGGAAAUAAUAAAGAUUUCCUUUUAAAUUUCAAA